GCGGGCCGGACACGCGGGACGGCAGCAGCCGAGCGCCGGUCGGCCCAUCCGGACAUCCACACCGGCAUCACCCGACACCGCCGUCACACCUGGUGACGUCAGCGCUCCGCCGGCGCCGCUCGCACGGAGGGGCCGCCGCCGCCCGCAGGUAUCCGAAGGCCCCCCGAAUGCGGCGAUGAGACGGCAAGACGAGGAGAUCGCGCGCGACUCGCCUCCACGAGGUCCAGCCCGGGGUGUCCCGCGGCUGGCCGCAUCAUGCCGUGCCCGCGGUGCCCGCCGCUCCCGCUGCCGCUCGUGCUCCUGCUCCUCCUCUGCGGGCACUCGCCGCUCGCCCUGGCCAUCGCGGCCGGCUGCCCCACGCCGUGCACCUGCGACGACCAGCUGGUGGUGCAGUGCUCCGGCCGGCGCCUGACCGAGAUGCCCCCCGACAUCCCGCUGGCCACCCGCCAGCUGCUGCUCUCCAACAACCGCAUCGCGGAGCUGCCGCCGCUGCGGCUCAACUACCUGGCCGACCUGACCUACCUGGACUGCAGCAACAACUCGCUGGCGCAGCUCUCGGACGCCGCCUUCGUCAACCUCAAGAAGCUGGCCUACCUGGACCUGUCCUUCAACGACCUGGAGCAGGUGGACAACCGCACCUUCCAGCCGCUCGAGAGCCUCGUGGUGCUGCGGCUCACCGACAACCCGCGGCUGCGCCAGGUGCCCGGCGACGCGUUCGUGGCCAACACGGCGCUGCAGGUGCUCGACCUGAGCCGCAACAACCUGAGCGCCCUGGAGAUCGGCGCCCUGCUGCAGCUGCCCACCCUGCGCUCGGUGGCGCUCAGCGGCAACCCCUGGGAGUGCGACUGCGACGUCGAGGACCUGUGCCUCUGGAUGCAGCUGCAGGGGGCCAAGUUUCAAGAUGAAGUCAGCACGGUGUGCCGCGGGCCGGAGCUGCUGAGCGGAAGCCGCCUCUCCGAGGUGGGCAUGCAGCUGCGGGCGGACUGCCACCAGGGCCUGGACCACUGGGACUACCUGUUCUUCUUCUGCAUCGGCUUCAUCAUCUUCUCAGGGGGCACGCUGUCGGCCUGGGUGAUGGGGGUGCUCAUGGUUUUGUACGACCGCUACGAAAAGAAGCACCAGGGAGGCGAGGAGGAGGAAGAGGAAGAAGGAGGUGGAGAUGGGGGGUCAAAGCGGGGGAACCAAGGGGGGCUGGAAAGCAACGGAGACCUGAGCAAGACCGCCUUGUAGCUCUGCCUUUCCGCCAUCACUCUGCCUUAAGAUGACUUCUUGCAGGGAGUCUGCCAUGAUGGUGCGGUGGUGCAGCAGGCACACGGACAAAGGGGUGCAGAUGCACACUCAGGAGGGGGCCAGCCGGGCGCUGGAUGACACGGCCAGUGAGCGGAGGGACAUCGCAAGGUUGUUUGGACACGGGGGGCUCUUGGGGUGACGGCCUUGCCUUUCUGCACACAUGCCUGCUCGCUGGGUUUGACUAAUAAAGUUCUGCCAAUGAA